UCGCAUGCAAUGAUAUUUAAAUAUUAUCUAUAAAUUAUUUAGCCAUGUUUAUCAUGUUUAUUAUUUUUCAUUGUAUAUAUCUCAUAACUAUAUUCAGAAUAAAUACCACAAAUAUUCUUGCUGAAUAUACUCAUUAAAAGCCCGUUUUUCUCUGUGAUCGGUUUGUAAAAUCUCAGUUGAAUUUCAAUUUUCAUUCGUCAGAUAAAUUUUCUACUCUCGCUCUCAUGCAGUGGUGUUUAUUCUUUUAUUUCAAUAUCGAUUCUUUUUUAUUACUUUGGUUAUUAUUAUCAAUAUUAUUGUUGUUUUCGUGAUAAUGAAUAUCUUAUUUAGAAGAAAUGUACUUGGAAACACUCGCACAUUUGCACUAUCUUCCAAAAAUAUCGUUAAACAAACCGCAACACCAAACCAUCUCCACAAUAUAAAUAACUCGAAAUAUCCCUAUAAUAAUCGUUUUCAACUGAUAAAUAAGAGAGAUUUUACUCUGAUAACAUCUUUUGCCGAAGUUCUCCCAGUAUUAACUCAAUCGUUUAAUAACUUGCAUGCAUAUAGUGGUUUACCCUGGUGGCUUUUUAUACCUGCUUCAACUUUUGUCUUAAGAACCUUUAUCACUUUGCCAUUUAGUAUUUCAAAUAGAAUUCGACUUAGAAAACAAAAUGAAUUAAAACCCGUUAUAAAUUCAAUGGUUCCUGUUUUCAAAUACAAAUUGAUCACUGAAAUGCUACUGAGAAGAAAAAAAAGUGAAAAAAAUUUAAUUCCUCAAACUUCUCUGGAUUUAGUGUCCUAUGAACAAAUUCUUUUAUUAGCUUUGACCGAAAAAAGAAAAAGAUCCAAAUUCUUAUUUAAAAAAUACAAAUGUCAAAAUUGGAAAAAUCUAAUAUUACCAACUAUUCAAAUCCCACUAUGGAUAACUCUUUCCCUUAUUAUUCGUGAGCUUUCGGGCUGGAAAAAUAUCUUGUCUAGAUCAACUGAUCUUGUCUCAAUUGAACCAACUUUAAUCAAUGAGGGUGGGUUUUUAUGGAUAUCUGACUAUUCAUUAUCUGAUCCUUAUUGUGUAUUUCCAAUUAUUCUAGGCUUAAUUUCGGUCACGAAUAUUGAAUGGCUAUCAAGAUAUGUUUUCAAUAAUGGUUCUGGUCAAAACUCAAUUCUGGGUGUUAGAAACAGUCUUUCAAAUAGAAGGUUGACAGUUUUUGAUAGUAUUACAAACAUAUCAAGACUUUCGGUUGUAUUCAUGAUUGGUAUUUCUUUCAAUGCUCCAGUUCUGAUUGUCUUGUAUUGGAUAUGUUCUAACAUUUAUUCAUUGGUACAAAAUAUAUUUUUAGAAUAUUUUUUACCAAUUAGAUAUCAGCCUUACAAUCGUAAUUGGACCUCGAAUAACUUUAAAGUUAAUGAUAAUGAAUUGAAUAAGCUUCAAGAAAUGAUAAAUGAUUCAAAAAUAUUACCCUUGGUGAAUAAAGAAAAAUUGGAUAUCGAUUCUCAAUUGGAAAAAUUUAGCAUUGAACAAAAACAAAAUGGCAAAGAAUUGGCUGAUCUCACAAAGAAUUGAACAAAAGUUUGUAAAUAUAAAAAACAAAAACCAACAAAAAAAACAAAAAAAACAUGA